AUGCUAUCAACUAAUAAAGGCUUGCCAUUGAGAUUUAUCACAAUUUUAAAUUAUUUAAAAAUAAAAUGGACAGAAAAGUCCAAUUAUAAUUUUUCUUUCAACAUGGGAAAUCGUCAACCUCUUUAUGUCGGUCAAAAUAAUCCUCAAGCCCAAAACUUGCUUGAGCCUCCAGCCCAUGAUGCCAUUCCUAAUAUAUCUUCUCCAACCCAAGACCAAACUAUGACUCCAACUCCUACAGUAAUUGAGCAAGUUCACAUCCGUGGAAGCAGUUUAACAGUCCAAGCCGAUUCCCCUACAACUUUUUCCCUUUCUUUUACAUUUGACGCUCUUACUGACUGCACAAUUUCCCUAUAUUUCUUCGCAAUUGAAACUCUUAUGUCAACUGGGGUCACUGAAUGCUAUUAUGUUGACACCUCUAGAUUCCCAGUUCCAUGCACUCAUACAUUUAGUGCAGGCCUUGAUCAAAAUUUUCCUCAAAACCUUGCAAUUUUUGAUACAGGUAAAUAUUCUUUCCACGAAUUAAGCCACGCAGAUGGAAAAACUUAUCCUCUCGUGAUAGAAAUUGUAAAUUUUACAUAGAGAGCGAGUGUUACUUCAAGGAUUAUUGAAAGCACAUAUAUAAAAUUUGGGAUGUCUGGGAACCAAUAUCAGCCGAAGCUUAUAAGACAAAAAUUGUCUAUGAAUGAAUUGUGCUAUGAGCUGCAUGAUAUUUAUGGGACAACCACUGGGUGUGAAGAUGAAGAAACGCCGGAGUGUGUGGUGUGCCUUACUAAUAGGAAAGACACUCUUGUAAUUCCUUGCUGCCACAUGUGCUUAUGCGUAGAGUGUGCAAAUAUUAUGAGAAGUCAUCAUAAUAGUAGAUGCCCUAUAUGCAGGACGAAUGUAGAAACCCUAAUCAAUAUAACUGUGCAAACAUAA